GAGUGAAUUCAUAAAUCAACAUGGUAUCAGAGCUCCAAGAUCCUUUUUUCUCUCCUUUCUUGCUGCGUUAAUCAUUAAAAAAAAAAAAUCGGCAGAGCCGAGCUCUCCUACCAGGCCGUGCACAGCCAUGGCGUCUGUCUCUUCUGAUCCUAUGGAUCGUCUCCCUACGGGUCUCAAGUUGUUUGUCCGGAAUCUCCAAUCUCUAACCCCGGUCAAGCUUGAUGACACCAAUUAUCCCUCUUGGUCAGCCACCGUCCGUGCAAAUCUCCUCGCUCAUCGCCUUCUCGGCUAUGUGGAUGGAUCUGAACCGUCUCCUCCGUCUCUUAUUCUUGAUGAGAAGGCUGCAUCACCGGGAAAGGAUGAACCGCCGGUUAUGAAACCAAAUCCGGCCUAUGAAUCCUGGCGUAUUGUUGACGCUCAAAUUCGGGCCUAUCUCCUUGCUAUUGUCUCACCUACGGUUCAGACACAUAUUCAUGCUCUUCCCACCUCGCUUGCAAUUUGGAAUCAUCUAGAACAACGGUACAACUCUCUUUCACGAACUCAUAUAUUUCAGUUGAAGGAGCGUCUCCAUGGUGUUACUAAGGGGACCGAUUCGAUGCAAUCCUAUUUGGACACGGUUCUCACUAUUGUGUCGUCUCUCAAACUGGCUCAUGAAGAAAUCUCUGAACAAGAUAUUAUCCUUUGUGUUCUACGAGGUCUACCGGCCGACUAUGCCUCCCUCAAGCAAAAUAUUCGCACCAAUAUUGCCACCGUCACCUUUAAUCAGAACACUCUAGCGGCCAAGUGCCUCUCUCUAGCCAUGGACUCCUCUUUCCCCCCAUUCUUCUCUUCCACCAUUUCUUUGUCCCUAGUUUUGAUCCUCUGUCUGUCUGGUUUCGAUUUUGCUUAUGCAGCACAACCUAAGAAGGUUAAGAUUGGUCAAGGUUACCGUUUGGUCUCCCUCAGUGAGUUCCCCGACGGUGCCCUUCUGGGCGAGCUUCUUGUCAACAAGCCUAACAGUAUCUACGGCCCUGAUAUUCCUCAUUUGCAGUUCUAUGUGAAACACGAAUCAGAGAAGUCACUGAGGGUUCACAUAACAGACGCAGAGAAGCAGAGAUGGGAAGUCCCAUAUGAGCUUUUGCCGAGGGAAAAGCCUCCAUCUUUGAAGCAAUCAUUCGGCACUGGUCUAAGGAAAAAGCCCGUACCGUUGGGUGUAUCAGAAUAUUCUGGAAACGAGCUCAUCUUUAGCUUUUCCGCUAACCCUUUUAGCUUUGCGGUGAAAAGGAAGUCAAACGGGGACACCCUUUUCAAUUCAAGCUCCGACAGAUCCGACCCGUAUAGCGGUUUGGUGUUCAAGGACCAGUACCUGGAGAUAUCCACCAAAUUGGCAGGGGACGCGUCGCUGUAUGGGCUCGGGGAGAGCACAAAGCCACACGGGAUCAAGCUGCACCCGAAUGACGCUUUUACCCUCUACACCACCGACCAGUCUGCCAUAAAUCUGAAUAUGGAUCUGUACGGGUCCCACCCAAUGUACAUGGACCUCAGGAAUGUGGAUGGAGAUGCCUAUGCCCAUGCGGUCCUCUUGCUGAACAGCAAUGGGAUGGACGUGUCCUACACAGGGACUUCUUUGACAUACAAGGUGAUUGGGGGCGUUUUGGACUUUUACUUCUUCUCAGGCCCCAGUCCUCUUGAUGUUGUUGAUCAGUACACUGCAUUCAUAGGCAGGCCAGCUGCAAUGCCCUACUGGUCCUUCGGGUUCCAUCAAUGUAGAUGGGGUUACCACAACUUAUCUGUACUUGAAGACGUUGUGGACAACUACCAGAAGGCGAAGAUCCCUCUUGAUGUGAUUUGGAACGAUGAUGAUCACAUGGACGGGAAGAAAAUCUUCACACUCAACCCAGUGAACUAUCCCCGCCCCCAAACCCUGGCCUUCCUGUCCAAAAUUCAUGCCCAGGGCAUGAAAUACAUCGUCAUCGUGGACCCCGGGAUCGGCGUCAACAAAAGUUAUGGUGUGUACCAAAGAGGGAUAGCCAAUGACGUUUUCAUCAAGUAUAAGGGCAAGCCGUACGUGGCCCAAGUCUGGCCCGGUGCUGUCAACUUCCCCGACUUCCUCAAUCCAAAAACCGUUCAAUGGUGGGUCGACGAGAUCCAUAGGUUCCAUGAUCUGUUGCCCGUGGAUGGGCUUUGGCUCGACAUGAAUGAAGUUUCCAACUUUUGCACUGGAUUGUGCACCUUACCAGAGGGACGAAUAUGCCCCAAUGGAACCGGUCCGGGUUGGAUAUGCUGUCUUGACUGUAAGAAUGUGACCAAAACCAGAUGGGACGACCCCCCUUACAAGAUAAACGCUUCAGGAAUAGAAGCGCCCAUUGGGUACAAAACCAUAGCCACCAGUGCAGAGCACCACAACGGGGUGUUGGAGUAUGAUGCCCACAGCAUAUACGGUUUCUCCGAGACGGUCGCGACUCACAGAGGACUUGAAUCGCUCGAGUCCAAGAGACCGUUCAUAUUGACCCGUUCCACGUUUGUUGGGUCGGGCCACUAUGCUGCUCAUUGGACUGGGGACAACAAGGCAACUUGGGAGGAUUUGAAGUAUUCGAUCUCAACAAUGUUGGAAUUCGGGAUGUAUGGGGUUCCCAUGGUGGGUUCGGAUAUAUGCGGGUUCUAUCCCCCGCCCACCGAAGAGCUUUGCAACCGUUGGAUCGAACUCGGGGCUUUCUAUCCUUUCUCAAGAGAUCACGCAAACUACUACUCUCCCCGACAAGAGCUCUAUCAGUGGGAGACAGUGGCCGAGUCCGGGCGCAACGCUUUGGGAAUGAGAUAUAGGCUUCUUCCUUACCUCUACACCUUGAACUAUGAAGCGCACACGACGGGUGCCCCCAUUGCAAGGCCUCUGUUCUUUACGUUCCCGAUGUUCACCGAACUAUACGGAUUGAGCACACAGUUCUUGCUGGGGAAGAGCAUCAUGAUCUCUCCGGUGCUCGAACCGGGUAAGACCGAAGUGAACGCCAUGUUCCCACCCGGGACAUGGUACGACAUGUUCAACAUGACGCAGGCCAUUGUCGUCGAGGAACAGACGCAGGAGGUCGUUCUAGACGCGCCCCUGCAUGCCAUCAACGUGCACCUGUACCAGAACGCGAUCGUCCCCAUGCAGCGCGGGGGUCUGAGGACGAAAGAAGCGCGGGACACGCCGUUCACGCUCGUCGUCGCGUUCCCUUUCGGGGCCUCGGCAUCGGACGACGAAGUGCAAGCACUGGGGACGCUGUUCCUCGACGAGGACGAGCUUCCCGAGAUGAAGCUCGGGAACGGCCAAUCGACGCUCGUGAGCUUCUGUGCUACGGCGGGGGGUGGGACGGUGAACGUGUCCUCGGAGGUUCAGGAGGGGGACUACGCGUUGCGCAAGGGGUGGAUCAUAGAGAGGGUGACGGUGUUGGGGGUGAACCCCAUGCGGGAGGGGUUCCGGCUCGAGGUCGACGGGGCGGAGGUUGUCGACACUUCCAAGGUGCGGUUCAGCACGGCGGAACACGCGAAUUACGGGGAGGCGCGGGAAGAGGACGAGGAAGAAGGCGGCCAAAAGAAGAAGAAUGUGAUGCUGGAGAUCAGUGGGUUGGAGUUGCUGGUAGGAAAGAACUUCUGCAUGUCAUGGAAGGUGGGCAUCACAAACUGAAGGAAGAGAGAGAGAGAGAUAGAGAGGGGCCUUUGCUGCUUUUGUUUUUAGAGUGUUAUUCUUCUUCUUCUUCUUCAUGAUGGGUAAAUGAAAAUGGGGUGGGGUGAUCAGAGAGAUUAGCCCAUUCCUUCACAUGUAGAGAGAAGAGAAUUUGAGGUUCUACUUGUGUGUUU